GCGAGGAGGAGGAGGAGGAGGAGGAGGGCGAGGAGGAGGAGGAGGAGGGCGAGGAGGAGGAGGCAGGGAGAGAGCGAGUGCCCAGGGUGAAUCAAUGGAAACCCCCUCACGAAGCCGGGAAAACACUUCAGCCGCAGCCAAAUAGCAUUGAUUAUUUUCCUUCACUUCCCUCACCGCCGUGAAUUUAUUUAUUUAUUUUUUCCAUCUCCGUCCCUGACGCCCCGGAGUGAGCGCUGGAGGGAGGGAGGAGGAGGGGAAAAAAAAAAGGAAUCAACACAUCGGAGAAGUCCCUUCCAAGAGCCGCCCCCUCCCCUCCCCGCCUCGCGCUGCUCGGCGGCCGCGGUUCGACUCCCGUCCCUGCUUCCAGCUGAGGUGUUAAUCACAUUGCAGCUGUUAUCUUCCGACUGGCCAGGGAAGCCUCUGCCUAUUCUGCGUGCAGUGACCAGCGAUGGAUGAUCUGGAGGGCACCUGCAGGCCAGUGAAAGUUCACUGUGGCCUCCCUUGCCAGAGGACCUUGACUUAGGGCAACUACCCUUUCAGGUACUGGCUGUCACGCUGAGAUGAACCCCCAGCACCCCUCCGUCAGCAAUGGCUACCCUUAACGCACCCUCUACCGCCGGCGCCACCCCCACCCCUGGGCACCAUGCCCCGUCCCCGCCUCCGGACACCUCCUUCCCCAGCACCCCCGCUGACCCUGUCACCAAAGAUCCCCCUGCUGCCCCCUCCAGCUCUGAGAGCAUGAGGCCCUCAGAGCCGGGGGGACAGGCCCUGGAGCCGGGCUGUGGCCUCGUCCCACCAAAGGAGACUGGGGAGCCCCGAGAAGAGCCUGGCUGUGGUGGCUUCUCACCAAAGGACCUAGGAGUUCGAGAGGACAAGGAGCAGGAGGAGGAAGGAGGUGGGCUCCCACCCGUGGACCUAAGCAACCAUUUGUUCUUCAUAGCUGGUGGUGAGGCCUACCUCGCAGCCAAGCUGUCCCUGACAGGUGGCAGUGAACUGUUACCAAAGGGCUUCCCUUGGGGCGAGGUGGGAAUCAAAGAAGAGCCCAGCCUGCCCCUCCUUGCCCACUCGACCCCUGCACUCCUCACUGCCCUUCAUAUCCAACAUGGCUUUGACCCAAUCCAAGGCUUUAGCUCUUCUGACCAAAUUCUGUCCCGUGAUACCUCAGCGCCAUCUCCGGCCACCUGUGAGGGAAGGGAUGGAGCCUUCUGGAGCUACCAGCUGGCUCCAAACCCACCCGGAGAUCCCAAAGAUGGCCCUAUGGAGAGCAGGGGAGGAGACCACAGGGCACUCUUCUGGCUCUGCCUCCUGUGCCGCCUGGGUUUCAGUAGGCCCCAGGCUUUUGUGGGUCACACACAGUCUCAUGGGGUGAAGCUCACCCCUGCUCAACACCUGGGCCUGCCCAGUAACGCAGCUGUGCUCCAGGUGGGAGAGGAGGGCUGCACUGCCCUCCUAAGCUUUCUGGAACCAAAACCACCUACUCAGCCCCCUCUAGAAGGCCCCCCCAACAACAGCAGCACAGCGAGCACAGAGGCAAACGGACCCCCGCCGGAGGACGGCCCUACUGAGGCCAAAGCCCAGGCACCUGUCCUGCCUGCCGACGAAGUCAUGGCCCUCAGCCCGCCCUCCCCGCCCGCAACCCCCGUCACCUGGGACCCCAGCCCAGCCGAAGCCAAAGAAUCACAGAUGGCAGCAGGUGAGGCAGGGCCAGAUUGGCUCUCCGAGGGGCAAGAAGAGGACGGAGGGCUCUGCCCCCCACUCAACCAAAGCUCACCCGCCUCCAAGGAGGGGGGCACUCUCCCUGCCCUCGUCGGCUCCCCUGAAGACUCCAGCGACGCACCGCAGCCCUACCGCCUCGCUGACGACUAUACCCCGGCCCCCACGGCCUUCCAGGGCCUCAGCCUGUCCAGCCACAUGUCUCUGUUACACUCUCGCAACUCCUGCAAGACGCUCAAGUGUCCCAAGUGCAACUGGCACUACAAGUACCAGCAGACCCUGGAUGUGCACAUGCGGGAGAAGCACCCCGAAAGCAACAGCCACUGCAGCUACUGCAGCGCGGGCGGCGCGCACCCCCGCCUGGCCCGGGGCGAGAGCUACAACUGCGGCUACAAGCCCUACCGCUGCGACGUGUGCAACUACUCCACCACCACCAAGGGCAACCUCAGCAUCCACAUGCAGUCGGAUAAGCACCUGGCCAACCUUCAGGGCUUCCAGGCGGGCCCCGGGGGCCAGGGCAGCCCCCCAGAGGCGGCGCUCCCCGCUGUUGCUGGGGACAAGGAGCCCAAGACCAAAUCUUCCUGGCAGUGCAAGGUGUGCAGCUAUGAGACCAACAUCUCCCGCAACCUGCGAAUCCACAUGACCUCUGAGAAACACAUGCAGAAUGUGCUGCUGCUGCACCAGGGGCUGCCGCUGGGCCUGCCGCCUGGGCUGGUGGGGCCAGGCCCCCCGCCACCGCCAGGAGCCGCCCCCACCCCCACCCCUGAACUCUUCCAGUACUUCGGGCCGCAGGCCCUGGGGCAGCCUCAGGCUCCCUUGCCCGGCUCUGGGCUGAGGCCAGACAAGCCCCUGGAAGCCCAGCUGCUUCUCAACGGCUUCCACCACCUUGGAGCGUCUGCUCGCAAGUUCCCCACACCUGCCCCUGGCAGCCUCUCCCCGGAUACCCCCCUGCCUCCAAGUCAGCUCCUGGGCCCCUUGUCCGAUGGCCUGCCCACCUCACCGCCCCCAGACGACAGCCCGGCCCUGAAGGUGUUCCGCUGCCUGGUGUGCCAGGCCUUCAGCACGGACAGCCUGGAGCUGCUGCUCUACCACUGCAGCGUGGGCCGGAGCCUCCCGGAGGCCGAGUGGAAGGAGGUGGCCGGGGACACCCACCGCUGCAAACUCUGCUGCUACGGCACCCAGCUGAAGGCCAACUUCCAACUCCACCUCAAGACUGACAAACACGCGCAGAAGUACCAGCUGGCCGCCCACCUAAGGGAGGGUGGUGGGGCCGUGGGCUCCCCUGCCCCAGUGCCCCUGGGAGACGGGGCUCCCUAUGGCUCCGUGCCCCCGCUGCACCUGCGCUGCAACAUCUGUGACUUCGAGUCCAACAGCAAGGAGAAGAUGCAGCUGCACGCCCGGGCUGCAGCCCAUGAGGAAAACAGCCAGAUCUAUAAGUUUCUGCUGGAGAUGGAAGGGGCAGCAGCCGGGCCCGAGCUGGGGCUGUUCCGCUGCCUGCUGUGCGCAUGGGAGACGCCGUCCCGCCUGGCUGUGCUACAGCACCUGCGUGCACCAGCCCACCGCGACGCCCAGGCCCAGCGGCGCCUGCAGCUGCUGCAGGGCGGCCCCCCGGCCGAGGAUGGGCUCUCAGCGCUGCAGAGCAUCCUGAGCUUCAGCCAUGGGCAGCUGCGGACUCCCGGGAAGCCUCCUGUCACCCCCUUAGCUGAGCCGACCACCCCUGAAAAAGAUGCUCAGAACAAAACAGAACAAUUGGCUUCUGAAGAGGCAGAGAGCAAGACUGGCCCUCCAGGAGACAAUGCCAACCAGACCACGGUGUUCUGCUGUCCGUACUGCAGCUUCCUGAGCCCAGAGCCGGACCAGGUGAGGGCUCACACACUCUCCCAGCAUGCAGUGCAGCCCAAGUACAGGUGCCCGCUAUGCCAGGAGCAGCUGGUGGGCCGGCCUGCCCUGCACUUCCACCUUAGCCACCUUCACAAUGUGGUGCCCGAGUGCGUGGAGAAGCUGCUGCUUGUGGCCACAACUGUAGAGAUGACCUUUAUGACCAAAGUGCUGCCUGGGCCUGCUCUCUGCCCGCUGGGGGAUGCCCCAGAGCCCCAUGCUCUUGGGCCAGAGGCUGCACCCAGCAGAGAACAGGGAGCAGAAGACCCUCACCUGACCCCUGAAGCCAGUCCUGAUCUUCUUCCUGAGCCUCCCCCGCCCUCAGCUGAGGGCCCAGACAAGCCCCGAGGAAGCCCUGAUCGAUCCCCUUCUCCAGCCCCAUCUCCAGCCCCUCGGCCGGAGGCCCCGGUGGAAGAAAUGGCCCCUCCACCCACCAUGGCUGAGGAGGAAGAGGGGAGUGUCGGGGAGCCACGCCCCACAGAACCCCCUCCAGCUGACUCUCGCCACCCUCUGACCUAUCGGAAGACCACCAACUUUGCCCUGGACAAGUUUCUUGACCCUGCCCGGCCCUAUAAGUGCACUGUGUGUAAGGAAUCCUUCACACAGAAGAAUAUCCUCCUGGUCCAUUACAACUCUGUCUCCCACCUGCACAAGAUGAAAAAGGCUGCCAUUGACCCAUCCGGCCCUGCCCGAGGAGAGGCGGGCGCCGCACCUCCCACUGCUGCUGCCACAGACAAGCCCUUCAAGUGCACCGUCUGCCGGGUCUCCUACAACCAGAGCUCCACCUUGGAGAUCCACAUGCGCUCCGUUCUACACCAGACUCGCUCUCGGGGGACCAAGACUGAUGCCAAGGUGGAGGGGCCAGAGCGAGGUCAGGAAGAGCCCAAAGAGGGCGAGACCGAGGGGGAUGUGGGCACUGAAAAGAAGGGCCCCGACCCUGGUAGCUUCAUGUCUGGGUUGCCAUUCCUGUCACCUCCCCCACCUGCCUUGGACCUGCACCGAUUCCCAGCCCCACUCUUCACCCCGCCAGUCUUGCCCCCCUUCCCUCUGGUGCCCGAAUCACUGCUGAAGCUCCAGCAGCAACAGCUGCUCCUGCCCUUCUACCUCCAUGACCUCAAGGUGGGGCCCAAGCUGGCACUGGCGGGGCCUGCACCCCUGCUGUCCCUGCCAGCUGCCACUCCUCCUCCCCCGCCCCCGCCCCCCAAGGCUGAGCUGGCUGAACGGGAGUGGGAGCGGCCCCCCGUGGCAGAAGAGGGGGGUGAGGCAAGGCCCACCUCACCCCCCAACUCCACGCCCAGUGAAGCAGCCCGCACUGCAGCCAAAGCCCUUCUAGAAAACUUCGGCUUUGAGCUGGUGAUCCAGUACAACGAAGGCAAGCAGGCUGUGCCCCCUCCCCCAACCCCACCCCCACCAGAGGCCCUGGGGGGUGGGGACAAACUGGCCUGUGGGGCCUGUGGGAAACUCUUCUCCAAUAUGCUCAUCCUCAAGACACACGAGGAGCACGUCCACCGCCGAUUCCUGCCCUUUGAGGCCCUGAGCCGUUAUGCUGCUCAGUUUCGAAAGAGCUAUGACAGCCUGUAUCCACCGCCUGCAGAGCCCCCCAAACCUCCUGAUGGGUCCCUGGAUUCACCAGCUCCCCCACUGGGCCCUCCCUUCCUGGUCCCAGAGCCUGAGGCUGUGGGGACCCAUCCCUCUGAGGAGCGGAGCCGGGCAGGACGUUGGCCCCCAGAGGAGGAAGAGAGCUCCAAAGGGAAUCUGCCUCCCCUAGUGCCUGCAGGCCGUAGGUUUUCCAGAACCAAGUUCACAGAGUUCCAGACUCAGGCUCUGCAGUCUUUCUUUGAGACCAGUGCCUACCCCAAGGACGGAGAGGUGGAGCGGCUUGCAAGUCUCCUGGGCCUGGCUAGCCGUGUGGUGGUAGUGUGGUUCCAGAAUGCCCGCCAGAAAGCACGCAAAAAUGCCAUCGAGGGUGGGCCUGUGACAACCGGAGGUGGCAACGGGGGAGCCUCUGGCUGCAGGCGCUGCCAUGCCACCUUCUCAUGCGUUUUUGAGCUGGUGCGGCACCUCAAGAAAUGCUAUGACGACCAGUCCCCUGAAGAGGAGGAGGAAGAGGCAGAGCGAGGGGAAGAGGAGGAAGAGGUAGAGGAGGAGGAAGCAGAGGAGGAACAGAACCUGGAACCCCCCACAGGGCCCGAGGGUCCCUCACCAGAGCCCCCGGACCGGGAAGAGCUGAGUCAAGCAGAGGCAACAAAGCCAGGAGGCAAAGAACCUGAAGGGAAUGCCCCUCCCUCACCUUCCCCGGCCCAUACCUGUGACCAGUGCACCAUGUCCUUCCCCAGCCAAGACCUCCUCGCCAGUCACCGGCGGCUGCACUUCUUGCCAUCCCUGCAGCCUAGCACGGCCCCAAACCUCCUAGAUCUGCCCUUGCUGGUGUUCGGGGAGCGGAGCCCCCUGGUGGCAGGCACUCCGCCCACACCAGGGCCCCCGCUCAAACGGAAGCAUGAGGAGGGCAGCCUGUCCCCGACAGGCAGUGAGGUGGGCGGGGGAGGGGAGAGCGAUCCCCCCAGGGACAAGCGCCUGCGCACCACCAUCCUGCCGGAGCAGCUGGAGAUCCUGUACCGCUGGUACAUGCAAGACUCCAACCCGACUCGCAAGAUGCUCGACUGCAUCUCCGAGGAGGUGGGACUCAAAAAGCGAGUGGUGCAGGUCUGGUUCCAGAACACCAGGGCCCGGGAGAGGAAAGGCCAGUUUCGAAGCACCCCUGGGGCAGUGCCCAACCCAGCAGUCAAGCCCAUCACGUCUACCCCCGCAGCAUUCCCCAAGUUCAACCUCUUGUUGGGCAAGGUAGACGACGGGACUGGGAGGGAGGCCUCAAAGCGGGAAGCACCUGCUUUUCCCUACCCCCCAGUUACCCCUGCUGCUGGGCCCCUGCCUUUUCUGCCACCGGGGAAAGAGGCCACCACCCCAACACCAGAGCCACCGCUCCCCCUCCCACCUCCCCCUCCACCCAAUGAGGAAGAGGGUGCCGAUGAACCUGCUAAAGCUUCUCCAGAAAGCGAGGCUUGCAGUCCAACUGCAGGCGAUCUCAGCGAUUCGUCUGCUUCCAGUCUGGCCGAACCGGAGUCCCCUGGGGCUGGAGGAAGCAGUGGAGGAGCAGGAGGGGGGUCUGGGGUUCCAGAUGGAAUGGGGCAACGGCGCUACAGGACCCAGAUGAGCAGCCUGCAGUUGAAGAUCAUGAAAGCCUGCUACGAGGCCUACCGUACCCCGACCAUGCAGGAGUGUGAGGUGCUGGGGGAGGAGAUUGGGCUGCCCAAGAGAGUCAUCCAGGUCUGGUUCCAGAAUGCUCGUGCCAAGGAAAAGAAGGCCAAACUGCAGGGGGCAGCAGCUGGCGGGGCUGGGGGCAGCAGUGAGGGCCCCCUGGGAGCCCAGCGCACCGACUGUCCCUACUGUGAUGUCAAGUAUGAUUUCUAUGUCUCCUGCCGAGGCCAUCUCUUCUCACGCCAGCACCUCGCCAAACUCAAAGAGGCCGUCCGAGCCCAGCUGAAGAGUGAAAGCAAGUGCUACGACUUGGCCCCAGCACCUGAGGCACCCCCGGCUCCCAAGGCCACACCUGCCACCACAUCUGCCUCUCUGCCCCUUGGGGCUGCCCCGGCCCUGCCUCGCCUGGCCCCGGUCCUCUUGUCCGGCCCAGCUCUGGCCCAGCCCCCGCUGGGAAGCUUAGCUCCUUUCAGUUCAGGCCCUGCAGCCUCCUCUGGCCUCCUCGGCCUCGCCACUUCAGUCCUGCCUGCCACCACAGUGGUCCAGACUGCUGGCCCAGGCUGCCCCUUACCUCAGAGACCUGUGCCAGAGCAAACUAACAGCUCCACAGCAGGCACCACUGACCCUGCCCCAGGCCCCCCUACUGAGCCCUCUGGGGACAGAGUCUCUGGUGAACGAAAGCCAGUGGCAGCCCCCACCAACUCCUCCACCGACGCCCUCAAGAACCUCAAAGCACUGAAGGCUACUGUCCCAGCCCUCUUGGGGGGCCAAUUCCUGCCCUUCCCAUUGCCCCCUGCUGGGGGGGCAACACCACCAGCUGUCUUUGGCCCCCAGUUGCAGGGGGCCUACUUCCAACAGCUCUAUGGCAUGAAGAAGGGGCUAUUUCCCAUGAACCCCGUGAUACCUCAGACCCUCAUCGGACUGCUCCCCAAUGCCCUUCUCCAGCCACCACCCCAGCCCCCCGAGCCCACAGCCACAGCACCUCCAAAGCCUCCUGAACUGGCUGCUGCAGGGGAGGGGGAGGCCGGGGAGGCCGAGGAGCUGCUGUCGGCCAGUACCGGCAUCUCCACCGUGGAUGUGACCCACCGUUAUCUGUGCCGCCAGUGCAAGAUGGCAUUCGAUGGGGAAGCCCCAGCCACUGCUCACCAGAGAUCCUUCUGCUUCUUUGGGCGGGGCUCUGGGGGUUCUGUGCCCCCCCCACUGCGGGUGCCCAUCUGCACUUACCACUGCCUGGCAUGUGAGGUGCUGCUGAGUGGGCACGAAGCCCUGGCCUCCCACUUGCGCUCCUCGGCCCAUAGGCGCAAGGCGGCCCCGCCCCCAGGGGGCCCAGCCAUCACCAUCACCAACGCCGCCACUGCCGCCACGGCUGCUGUGGCUUUUGCCAAAGAGGAAGCAAGAUUACCUCACACGGACUCCAACCCAAAAACUACUACUACCUCUACACUUCUAGCUUUAUAAACAGAUAAACCAAGAUGGGGGAGAGGGGAAGGCCUCAGGGCCCCCUCCCUUGCCCCAAGGGGUGUUUGGUGGGAGCUCAAAUCCCCCACACCCAACCCCUGGCUCCGCCCGCCUCCUGGGAAUCUUUCAAUUCCCACCCUCAGUGGGCUUCACACACCCCACCUCCAGCAGAGUCCUGCCUCCUCCCCCUGCCCAAGCCCCCAGACACACACUGAUCCUCUGCGGCUCCUUGCCCCACGUCUUCACAGACACAUGCUCAUUUGUCAUCCUGAUGGUCUGCUCAUCUCUGCCCUGCCCACCACACACGAGAUCUAUCCUAGAAUCCAUCUUCCUACAACCUUAUCCCCACUGGAUUCACCGCCCCCAACACAGUCAACCCCUGCAAAUACACACACGUAUGUCAGCCCAUGCUGUUCUACUGACCGAGAAAACACCAAACAAAAAAAAAAAAAAAAAAAGAGAGAGAGAGAGAAAAGAAAGGAAAAAGAAAACCCAAGACAAAGAAGGAGGAAGGAAAACAAACUUUGCUACUCCCCCUUCUCUCUCCCUACCCCCUUGUCUAGAGCGCCACACAGCUCACAAACUUUCCAAAUACCCAGUUGGCUCCCAAGGUCGGAGUCUGGGAUGGGCAGGGAGCCCACAAAACUCUAACCAAACUGGAGGUUGGCAGGGGGGAGAAGUGCGCACAGCUCACUCUCCCCACAUUCCUCCUUCCUGACCCUCUCCUUGCCUGAUAGGAGCCCCUGCGGCCUGGACUCUAGGGGAAGCCGCCGCCAGGAACCCCUCUGCCAAACCCCACCCUGCACCCUGGGAACUGCAGUAACUUAUUCACAAAGGCUUUAAACACAGAGAUCCUCUCAGCAGCCAUGGGCCCGCCCCUUGUCCCAGACCUGCCAUGUGGGGGGGUCCAGCCUCCGGGACCGGCGCUGCCCACCAACGGCAAAUCCAAAGUUCUUUUAAAAAAACUAAAACACACACACAACCAAAAAAAAAAAAAAAAAAAAAAAAAAGCAAGAGAGAGAGCACGCGUGCGUAUGUGCACAGGAGAGAGAUGGAGACAGAGGAAUGAACUAAAGUAAAACAUAAACUUGGAAAAUACAGAAAAAAACU